AUGGGUUUUAAAUCAGCAACAGAAAUGACACAAUUUCCUUGCAUCAUGAAGACAGAUAUCAAUUUCUUCCUGAAGGAGGACGACUUUGAGGAAGUCGUUUCCUUCCUUGCAGAGGACUACUUCCAGAGAGAACCUAUUACCCUGGGCACGGGCGCCAACGAGGAGUGCCAGCCGGGCAAGGGGCGCAUGGGCGAGGACGUCCGCAGGUGCCUCCAGUCCGGGCUCUCGGUGGGCGCGAGGGACCGGAAGACGGGACAGCUGAUCGGGCUGCGCGUGAGCAACCUGCUGGACAGACAGAAGCCCUUUAAGUCUACACAGCCUCGUAAUGAAUUCGAGGAGGUCUACCGCAUCGCAGAGCACGUAGUGAAUCACGUGUUCGAAGAGGAAGCAGACAAGUUCCUCAUGAUGUUCCUGCUCAGUGUCCAUAAGGAUUACGGCGCUCGUGGCAUCGCUGGCAGGAUGAUCAAGAUGAGCAUGGAGGCCGGGGCCCAGCCCAGGGCGCUCAAUAGCCUUACACUUGGCAAUCAGCCAACGUGGCUCCUCGGGGAAGGUCUUCGAGAAACUGGGCUUCAGGAAGGGCUUCACGCUGGAGUACGAGAAGCCCGGACACGACUUUAAGGUGGACCUCACGAAGAUGCAUGGCAAUAAGGUCGCUUAUCUCGUGAUGAAGGAGUUGCCGUGAGACCUAAGUGGGAAUUUGGGUUUGGUCAUUGAUAAGAGAAGUGUUUUUUAUUUUUUUUUUCUUUCUUUUUUUCCUUUAACAUGUCGAUU